GAGAUAGAAAGUUUGUUUCUUCUAAGUCACAUAAUAACAUUUGAAAUGCUUCAUCAAAUGAACUGUUAAAAAGACUCAUUUUCCCUGAGUUUAUUUCUGUAGCCUCACCAGAAAUUUGGGUCUGGUCAGAAUUGUUUGGCUCAUUUAAUAAGAAAGUACACAGAGAAACACAGAACCAAAAGACAAUAUGUGAUAAAUUUCUCUGAAUCUACUUGUUAGAGUCUAAAUCAAUGAGUUUAACUGACCAGGAAGGAAGUGAAUUGAAGUGCAGAUGUUGCAGAGCUCCACCUUUCUGCCCCCAUCACCUGAAGACAUGAUCAAACAUUUCUUCAUUUUUGAAAUGGGUUUUCUUAUAUUAAUGUGUUGAUCAUAGCAAUUAAAUCCAAAUGUAUUUCUGUCUUCCUCAUUCAAUUAAAACAAACUUUUCUAAAAGUUGUUCUUCAUGCAUGUGAUGUGUUUGGUGUCUGCAGAUGUUAAGAAAGAGCCUCCAGGAGAUCAGAGUCCUGACGUGGAUCCUCUUCACACGCAGGAGCAAAACAAUAAAACCUGCUGCAGGCAGGAAGAGGAGCUCUUCAGAGUGAAGGACGAGCCGGAUUAUUCCAGACUCCCAUUAAAUAUUGUUUAUGUAAAUAGUGAGGAUGAUGAAGAGAAACCAGGGCUGUCUCAGCUUCAUCAGCACCAGACAGAAAAUGGAGAUAUUUCAACCAGCAGCUCAGGCGACCAGAUAAAAGCAGAGAUUGAGGUGGAGAUCAGUGAAGCAGCAGAAUCCAGCAGAAACCCAGAUAGAAAUACUGCUGGAGGAACUUUGAGCAAUUCAGAGACGGAAGAGGAGGAUGAGGAUGAAGAGGACAAUGAUGAUGAUGAUGAUUGGAACCAUCAUGAAUCUCAGGGUAAACCACUGUCAGAGUCUGAGACUGAAGACAAUCAUCAAAAAUCACAUUUAGACAAACAUGGAAACAUUCCCAUUGUUGACGAACCUUUUAGUUGUGAUUUUUGUGGGAAAAGAUUUUCCUUAAAAUCUUCUUUAAACAAUCACGUAAAAAUCCACACAGGAGAGAAAUCAUGUGGUUUCUGUGGAAAAACUUUUCACUCCAGUUCAGAUUUAAAGAAACACAUGAGAGUUCACACAGGAGAGAAACCAUUUUGCUGUGAGGAUUGUGGAAAAAGAUUUUCCCUCAGUGCCUCUUUAAACAGACACAUGAGAAUUCACACAGAAAAAAAACCAUUUGGUUGUGAUGUUUGUGGGAAAAGAUUUACCUUAAGUUCAUAUUUGGAAAAACAUAUGAGAACCCACACACAAGAAAAACUCUUUAGUUGUGAUGAUUGUGGAGAAACAUUUUCCUUACAGUUAUGUUUAAAGAGACACAUGAGAAUCCACACAGGAGAGAAACCGUUUGGCUGUGACGUCUGUGGGAAAAGAUUUAACUUGAAGUCUAAUUUAAAUGUACACAUGAGAGUUCACACAGGACAGAAACCCUUUGGUUGUGAUGAAUGUGGUUUAAAAUUUAGCACAAAUUCUAAUUUGAAGGAACACAUGAGAAUCCACAAGGAUGAAAAAGCCUUUGCUUGUGAUGAAUGUGGAAAAAGAUUUAAUGUAAAGUCUAGUUUAAAGAGACACAUGAAAAGCCACAAAGGUGAACGACCCUUUAGUUGUGAUAUUUGUGGAAAAAGACUGGCCUUGAAGUCCAGCUUAAAGAGACACAUGAAGAUCCACAUGGAAGACCAACCGUAUCUUUUUGUGGGAAAAGAUCUGCCGUAAAGUCAUCUUUCAACAAACUGCUGAGAAUGAACAAAGAUGGAAACCUUCAGGUUGGGAUGGAUGUGGAAUCUGAAAGACUCUGAAAGACGCUUUGAAGCAGAAAUGCUAAAAUAUACUUUUAGUUGUGAUGUUUGUGGAAAAAGGUUUUCCUCAAAAUCAAGUCUAAAGAUAUAUGUGAACAUUGGGUUUGGGGAUAUCUGCUAUAAUUUUUGUGAUUCAUUUCUUACCAUAAGAAUUACAAUUUAUUGUUGUCAUUGUAAAUCCCAAUUGAUGUUUAAAACUCUCCAAUCCAUCUGUAUUGUUGGUUUUACUGUUUUCUCCACUGUUUGUUGAAUAAAAGUAUCACUAAAUAUUU